AUGGACGAUGAGCUGGAGAACUUCAUCAGGGAGCGAAAGGCGAGAGUGGCUGAGGAUAAAGCCGGUCUACAGCAAGACCCUCCUUACAUGGAAAUAAAGGCAAAACCCCACAGAGCUUAUGGGUCCACUGUCAAGGAGAACAUCCCCCCCAAGUCUGUUGCACAGGGCAAAGAGGAGAGCUGCAGUGUGGGUCUCCCCCUCGGCGUGGAGUACGAGAGGAAGAAACAGAGGCUGCAGCAUGAGCUCCGGAUGGACUUCAGGCACUUCAUGGCUCAGCUUGAAGACAAGAUGGGUAUUCUCUCCAAACAGCGAGCCUCCUCAUCGAGGAGUGUGUCGGCUCUGACAGAGGACAACAAGCGGCCGCACAGAGCUCUGCGUCUCGCUGAGAUUAAGGUCCUCAGUCCCGAGGAGGAGGAGGAGGAGGAGGUAGAGGAGCAGUCACCGCUGACUCAUAGGCAACCCGACAGGCUGGGGAGGCUGGUGAACCAUGAGUCAGAGGACGAUGAGAACUUCCGGGAGGAGCUGGAGCUAACGGAAGGCCGAAGGUGCCGACCUGCGGGGACUGAGGCUGGAUAUGAGAGGAGACGAACCAAUAAGAGCGAUGGCAGGGAGAAGAGGGAGAACCCAGUGAGCUUUGGCAGAGAAGGCAGGCAAUGGAGAGCGCCGAGCAAAAAUGAGACUCCUGAGUUUGCCACUGGCCUUUUAAUAGGAGCAGCGGAUACGGAGGAGGCUCUGCGGAGGAGGAAGGAGCGUUACAGACGGGAGCUGCUGGAGCAGAUCGCCGAUCAACACCGGAACAAGAAGAGGGAGAGAGAUUUGGAGCUGAAAGUUGCUGCGACUGGGGCGAAUGAUCCUGAGAAACAGCCGGACCGAAUCAGGCAGUUUGGACUGAGCAGGAGGAAAGAUCUUCAGGUUUCAGAGCUUUCGGCAACACGACAGAGCGACUCAUCUUCCAGAGGUCUGCCCAGCAAUGUAAAGAUUGGUGGUAGAGAAAGAGAAACUCCUCCUCCUGAGCGGCCUCACAUGGCUUUCCAGUCGCCCCUGCUGGAGUACAGUUCGGCCCUGGGCCUGGGAGGCGGAGGUCUGUCUCCCAACAGUCAACCCGCUGCCCCUUCAUUCCCCAGAGCCGUGGACACCCACAGAAUUCCUGUGUUCCCCCCACAUCCUCCCUCAACGCUCAGUGACGCCUACAGGAACCUGUACGCAGCGCCCCAUCACUGCUAUGGCAACAGAAACCUGCUCGACCCAAACAUGGCCUACUAUGGCCCUUCGUCUGUUCCUGGCGCCGGCCUUCCCAUGUAUCACUGGAACUUGCCACCAGGGGGUGCUGUGUCCAGCCAGUUUGGUAACCACAGCCCUCACAGCCAGCACAGUGGAAGCAGCUUCCCCGAGCCUCCAAUACAUCCUGGCAGGCCCUACAGUGAGGCUCCUCCUGUGGACUCGCACAUCAGCGUUUUCCCUUCAGAGAGAUCCAAGUCGUCCAGGGAAAGGGGUGUGAUCUACAGAGACGCUCUCAAGGAACAGGAAGCGUCCAGGAGAGGGAGCAGUGAGCUUUACACCAAGAUCCAGGAGCAGCAGGAAAGGAGGCGUCUGGAGAGGGAUGAGCGGGAGCGUCAUGACGCUCAGCUGGAGGCCGACUUAAAGUACCACCAGCCCUGGGGUCGGGGCGGAGGAGGAGCCCCUCUCAGAGACGGCAAGGGAAAUCUCAUCGCUGACCUCAACCAAAUGCACAAGCGGAACGAGGAGGUCUACAUCAACCCGGAGCAGUGGCAGAGGAGAGCCGCGGUUGCCAUGACGGCAAGACCGGCAGAGUACCCUGACCCCAAUGCGAGGAUCUCUGGUGAAGCAGAGAGCAGCCUCCAUGACUCCAGAGACCAAAUCUCUGGUUUCACACAUGUCCACACCCCCCAGUUUGCCAGAGGCAAUGUGUUCGCCAACCAGCCCACCCAGCACCAGCUCCAGGAGCAGGACAAGUACAAAGCUUACCUCAAACAGCAGAUUGAAGAGAAAAUGCAUAAAAAGGCAGAGGAGAUGGAGAAGACUAGACUGGAGGAGGAGAAGGAGGAGAAGAGGCUGGCCGAGCAAAGGGCUUGCAUCCAGAGGGAGUUCGAGGAAGAACAAGAGAAGAAAAAACGAAAGGAAAUGGAGUCCAAAUCUAUCUCCGUCUCCUUUUCUGUCUCUCAGCAAAAGGCCAAGAAUGAAGAGCUAAUUCACCUCGCUCAACAGAGGAAGAAGGAAGCAGAGAGGAAGGAGAAGGAGGCGGAGAGGAAGGAGAAGGAAGCAGAGGAGAAGGAAGUGGAGAGGCAGAAGAAGGAAGCGGAGGAGCAAGAGAAUGCAGCACUGAGGAGGCUGUAUGAGCUGGAGAGGCAGGCUCGGGUGGAGGAGGUCUGCAGGAGGCGCUCGCCUCCAAUCCCCACCCUGCAAAAAAAAACCCAGGGGCCACGCCAGUACACCCCGAGACCCCCUACUGCUGACAGCCAGCAUUCUACUGCCCCCCUGUCUGAGCGCUCGUUGUCUGGUCUCCAGUCCCCUCCUGUCCCUGCUUGUAGGAACCAGAUACGAGCUGCAGGUGACAAACGUGACGUGUUCAUUGAGCUGUCAGCAAUGCGUCGGCAGCUUCGCAGUGAACGUAAACGGUUGGAGGGUCGUCAGCAGCAGGGUGACUGUGAAGAAUUGGACCCUACUCUUAGUGACAGGGAUUGCAGCAGCUUCAUUUUCUACACUACCUUGACGUGCACAGCAACAGGCAGAGCUUUGAUGGAGGAGAGGUGGCUGGUCACGGCCACUGUCAGACAGAGGAGAGCGGGUGUGUGACAGGGAGGGACAGAGUGACCAGGAUCCGCAGGAGAGUGUAGUGGAGGCGCCACCUCAGUCAAGCGUGAGAGUGUACAGUGCUACACUACUCCACAGCACUGACUACUCAGCUUUGUGGAGGUUUGGGGGAAUAGUACAGUGCGAGUAUUUAAGGCGACUAUGAGGACGGUGUACUGGUUGGUGGUGUCCGACCGGUUGUGGUGGGCCGCUCCAGUCAAAAAUGCCAUGGGCUGCUUUUUGGUCCCAGUCCAGCCCUGGAAACCAGUAGUUGCCUAAUCUGGAGAAGACGCGUUGAUCCACUACUCCACGCUACUGGUUCUCGUAACGACUCACCUCAGCCAUUGUCCUGUGAUCCAGAGCUGGAGGCCUACAAGGAAACCACCUCGUCCCCAGACGGCAGCGUCCAGAAUGGACACAGUGCCUGACACCCCUACACCUGCUGAGGUCGCUCAGACCAGGUCCUAUACAGGCCCCACCCAAAAUAACACUGUCUGACCUACUGUACCCCAGAGGAUACAGGCGACCUCCAGAUAAACUGACACUUUAGUCUAGAGACUGACCCACAGCGUCGGGGCAUAGUAAUCCCCAAGGUUCAGUCUGGGAAAUGAUGUAGUCUACCCUCUUUCUCUAUAGUUCAGGCAAAAGUUCUGAUUUGACAAAACAUGUUCUUGUAAUUAACACGUGAUCAUUUUGUAAAAGUAAUUAUAUGAGGGAAGAAUACCAAUCAUUAGAGACUGUGACACAGUAAUCGAUUUUUAUUGCAAACAAAGAGCAAGUUUUACUUUUUUUAGGGGGGGAUGUUAUGUAUUGUCCUUUCAAGAUGCCGUCACGUUUUCAGUUUGUAUACCGUGUGUGUUAUGGUUAUGCUAGUUCCGCGGUUUUGAAUGAUAGUUGUGCUCUCAAGAAACACUCCUCCGUCUCACGGCCUUUUAUCAUGAGUUAUUAUACAAGUAAAAGAGGGAGUAUGCAACAAUACACAUUCAUACACUGCUGUCUGAGACAAUUUAGUGUCAAGUGUCUUGCUCAAGGACACAUCGACGCGCGGACUGGGCGCAGCGGGGAUCAAACCGCCAACCUUUGAGUUAGUGGAUGACUGUCUCUACCUCCUGAGCCACAGCUAUAAUUUGCAUCAAAGACAUAGAAUG